GGGAAAGAUGAGCAUUGGCUUCAUUUAACACUGUUGAUAGUUAAGAAGAAACAGUAACAAAAAUAAAUAGAAAAACUACUGGUAGCAAAAAGAUGACACAUGACAUCUAAAUAGCAUUAUCAUUUAGUUCUAACACCCAUUCAAUAACACACUCAUCUUCUUCUUAUUGCAGCUUGGUCUCCUCGAUGUGUCUUUGGACUAUGCCACAGUCAACGAGCGAGUUACAGACGUGACUGCUCAACACAAUAUGAGAGGGCCUCUGGAUCCGUCAGUGGAGUAUGCUACAGUCGAUAAGCAACGUAACAUUUCCUCAAAUCCUGGUUCAUCUUCCGUUCAGACUGGAGAUGUUGUACAACCAGAACAGUCACUAAGAAAGGAGAUAGGGAGAAGAGGAAAUGUACCACACGUGUACACUGCAUCAGCAAAGGGACUGGCCGAGUAUGCAGUUGUAGACACAACUAAAGAAGAGAGAAAGAAAGGUCAACCAAGAGCUCACCAAAGGAAUAUGGCUUACAAUGACCCGGAAGAAGAUUAUGCUGUAAUUGACAAGAGGAAAAAGAGCCGACGAGAGAAGUGAUAUGAGGAAAAGGAAAAAAAUAACAGAAAUUUAUUUCCAUUUAUUGUUGAUAAUAACAUCUAAAUUUCUGAUCAUAUGUGUAUAUUUAAAAUUAACUUCUAAAGAUUUCUUUAAGAGAAAAUUAUUUUUUGUUUUGUUUAUUGUUUACAUGUAAAACGACAUACCAGUUCAACCAGUUGGCCUACAAGUAGGC